AUGGCUGGCAAUGAUGUCUUAGCCGAGCUGGGCUUGGACUCCGACUUGUCCGAUGAUUCCGGCACCAGCGACUCCUUAGAUGUGGAAGCUUUGCUUCCGCCUUCUGGCCCUACAUCUCCCGAGAACAAGACAGGUGUGCCGACCUUUGCAGAGUCGCAGGAGCAGACCGCUGCCGUGCCGGCAGCCGUGGAACCCGAUCUCGCAUUAUUGGAGAGCAGUUUGGCGUCGAGUUCCAGCCUCGAUGGCGAGUCCAACUUGGACGUGGAAGCGCUUCUGGAGACAUCCUCGCCCGAACCGAGGGCGGCCGAGCAGCGUCUGGAGGAAACCGCUCCGAUCGCCGUCGGCGAGAGGCCCGGCAGCUCGAGCUCACCGCAGGAAGAGUACCAAAGUGUGCCUUUUGCUCCUCGAGGCUCUGGCUUCCUCGACCAGGACCCAGCCCCGGCGCGUGAAGAAGCGCUGCCGGAUGCUUCUGCCCAUCGGGAGAUCCAGGUCUCCGAGGUGGAGACCCAACCAACCUUGCACUCAGCCAUGCCGGUCGAAAAAGGAUCUGCUGUGGUCGGGGAGGCGACAGCGGCGCCGUCGGUGGAAGAACCCAUACGGGCAGCACGCGAUGGAAGCCCGGCAAGGGGGUCAGUGGCCCAGGAGAUUCACCGCCUGGAGCAGGUCAUACGCUCGCGCUCCACUAGCCCGGCACAAAUGGUCGUCCAUCAGCCACGCCUUCCUUCUGUUCAGACACAGGCCUGCACGCCUGAUGCAUCGCCAACACGGCGGUCCCAGGCGCGCACGCCUGACGCCUCGCCAACACGGCGGGCCCAGGAGGAGCGCGCGGUUCCCGAGGAUCGGAAAGUGCCAGAGCAGCCUCCCGAUUCGGCACAAGAGCGAUUGACGCGAAUUGAGAAGGCCAAUGCAGAGGCGGAGGAUCUUUGGCAGGAGCAGCUCAGCGUGGAGAUUUCCUGCGAGGUGGCUAGAAACCUUGGCUCGCUGAAGGCGCAGCCGGAGAUCUUUAUGGCUCAGGUGGCCGAACUUCGCCUGCGAUCCAACUUGCACAAGGCAGCCUCUGAGCGCUACGCCGAGCUGCUUGCGACUGCAAGGGCGGCUGCCUCCUCGCCGGUCUCACCGGCCAAGCCAGCAGAUUUGGAGGACCUUGAGGAGAGUCUCUCAAAGGCUCAGAGGUGCCCUGAAGCCCUCCGGCAAAUGGCAUCGGACUUGCGGACACGGUGUCGCGAGAAGGAAGCCAUUCUCCGCGUAAAGCUGGAUCAUGAUACUCGACAGUUGCGGAGUCAAAUUUUCGCCAGCAUCGCUGCGCGGGCGAAGGCUGAAGCGAGACUGGCACAGGCCAGAGCCGCUAGCAAAAGUGCUGAAGCACAGCAAUUCCGGCGUGCGGCAGAGGCCUCCCUGGAAAUGCGCCGGCACCUCCAAGACGGUAUCGAGAUCUUUGAGCCUGUUCUCUACUUCCCGACGCAGAUGAGUUUGGCGCUGCUUUCCGGCGAGACCUUACAUGUGCAGGCCGGGUACGACAAGGCCAUCUGGGAGAUCGUCAAGCCCAAAGUGGUUCACCAUCUCGGCCUUGACGAGGACGCGGUCAUCAAUGCCGUUGACCGCGACACCGGCAACAAGCUAGAUGGUUCGGAGCUCUGCCGGAAGUACCCGAACCUCACCGUGAUCGUCCUCGUGGACGGCAAUCCGGACGACGACUUGUCGGGAUUUCACGAUUCCGGCCGUGAGGAUCCGGAGCUCGAAAGCGAGCAGGAUGACUGA